AUGAAAUAUGCAACAUCUUCAGGUAAUCGUCGCAUGUCUGAACGUGAUCUAACACGUAUGGGUGCUGAUGGUAAAAAUGUUGGUGGUCCUCUCAUAGCAAAUAAUCAUUUAGCCAAUAGUAAAUCAGUACCAGCAUUACAUCAUCACAUGGGCAGUGGUACUAUAUCCAUGGCAAAUUCGAAAUCACGCAGUACUCAUAGUUUGGCCAAUCCUGCAACAAAUUUAAAUAAUACCUUAAAUAACAAUGCCAACAAUAAUAACAACAACGAACAAGGCUUUUAUCAAAAUUUGAGCGUUUAUCGCAAUCAAAAUCAAUCACAACCGAUUUUAAGUGAAAGACCCCCCAUGCCAUCACAUUCCGCAAUGAACGCAUACAAUGGAAAUUCCCAACAAAACACACAAAAUCCAAUACUCUCGCCAACAAAUGGUACAGGCCCAACUGGAAAUCAACAUCAAAAUCCAUACCAACAACAACAACAGCAGCAACCACCACAACAGCACCAAAAUUCUCAACAUCCAAUGAUAACAUCUCCACAUUCAUCUAAUAUGUUGCCCAGUCGCCCACAAUCGGCCUACUAUCAACAGCAACAACAGCCACCACAACAUCAACAUUUGACACAACAACAACAAUUUGCACAACAUGCUCAUAACUUCAGUGCUAGUACCACCAACUUGUCGACCAUACAACAUCAAACCCAGCAACAACAACAACAUUCACAGCAUCCCAUGCAUCAUAUGACACCACAGCAGCAGCAACUAUAUCGUGAACAACAACAGCAACAGAGUAUGACAUUGGGAAAUCGCUCAAAGAGUACCCAGAAUUUCCAACGUGACAUGCAAACACAACAAAGUUUACGUAUGCAACAGAUGAUGGCACCAUCCAUGCCCAACAUUAGCAAUAUGUACCAACAACAGCAUCAGCAGCAGCAACAACAACAAUCGCACCCUGGCAAUCAUAGCAAUAUGUCCAUGGCAGCAAGUCAAAGCAUGCAAAAUGUUUCAUCUAUGGGCGGCGAUACGUUAGAACAAAACAAUGGCGGUUAUAUGUCGCAGGCACAACAUUCACCUGCUGGUGGGGCACAAACCCUUAGAAGAAAUAUGCGUCCCGACUAUAUGGAUGGAGGAGCUCAACACUCACCGAAUAUGACACAAAUGCAACAACAACAGCAAGGCAACUUCAUGACACUACCCCCCAAGCCAGGUCAACAACAACAACAAUUAACUCCACCAAAACAACAACAGCCGCCCACAGCACCAAAACCACAACAAAAUCGUUUAUCGGGCACACAACAGCAAUUUCCGCCUCAGUCUUAUUUGGGUCAGACUCUGUAUUCACAGCAACAACAGCAGCAGCAACAACAACCACAAACCGCUGAGGAAAAACCUCCUCUACCACCAACCACCACGCAUCCUCUUUACAAGGCCACUCAACAAAUCACACCAGGCAUGAACUACAUUGCCAGUACCUUGGAUCCACCUAAAGGCGGUUAUGUACCAGUUUCCGCUUCGGCAUUACAACAAAAUAAGAACAUGUUGGGAACAAAUCCUUGGGAACGUGAGGAACGCGAAAAGGAGGUAGAAAUGCGCCGCGAACACAUACGUCAAUGGCGUGAACAGCAAAUCAAUGAACUGUCAUCGAUUGCCCAACAUUUGAUUAUGUCACAACAAAAACAACGUAGCUCUUCUAUUGGUCUUCUGAAAACGGCUACCAUUAAUUCAGCGGAUAUGCAAAAGAAAUCCUCGGCUGCUAGCAUAUUACUAAACAAUAAUAACAACAAUAUACAAAAUAAUUUAAUUUCUUCACAACAGUCGUCGCCAUCCUCGUCGACAAUGGAUAUGUACAGUGCAACAUCAUCAUCGAGUCCAUCGUCGAUUUUGAUGCGCGACAAUAAACGUGUUUCGUUCCAUGAUGAAGAAAAUAAUUAUGUUGUUGGUGGUAGUGGUUCAACAGCAGCAUACCAUCAAAUGGAAUACAAUAGUAAUAGUGUGGAUAUGUCGACGGUGUCGAGUAAUGGAGCUUCUGGGGAUUUGAACACAAUUCGUGAGGAUAGUAGUUUUCUACCACAAAAUGUCGAUACAUCCAUGUUGCCAUCAAUGCCUGCCACACCUGAUGCUGCUGCAUGGAAUACCACAGUACAAUCUACUCCCGGCGUCAUAGGGGCUCAAGAAGUCUACAGAGAUCCACGUACACGUCGCUUGGCAGAAAAACAACAACAGCAACAACAACGCAAUACCGAAGCAGUACCCGAAAAACUUUCCUUUAAGGAGAAAAUGAAAAUGUUUGCAUUGGAAUCGGGUGAAGAUAAUACACCAAAAGAUAAAUUAAAAAUUUCAAGGGCACAAAGAGACAUUGAUGCUGUGCAUUGAAAGGCAACAGG